CUCUCACGGAGUGAGUAUUUGUGUAGACGCGGGCGUGGGAGUUCUGCUACGCUUUCCUAAUUUCGUUAUUUUCUCUCCGGCAUGAAUCAAAUUCUUCGAAGGGAAGGCUGACCCACCUAUCUCCCAAAGCUGCUUCUUCAUUUCAAUCAUACAGCAGGUAGAGCGUGGUGCACAAUUGUUGUGAUACCCUGAGUGUUCGAUCUUAGACCUUAUGGAAGUAGACAAGAACAAGAAGAACAAGAGAAACAAGAAAAAAAGGAGUAAACAAGCUGCUAAACAAAUAGAAAGUGCAACUCAUGAUACCAGGGAGUCAGCUUCUAACAGUCAAAGCAAUGUUCUUGAGAGGGGAGAAGAUAAUAAUUAUCAUCAGAUUGCACAGGCUACAGAUGAUCAGGAUGAUGUUGGAGAACACUUGGAUGCGGACAAGGAAGGAGCCCUUCCUUUUUGCUUUGAAGGAAGAAAUUUAGCUGAAAUGGGAGAAAACUUCAGGCUGGACAGAGAGACCAGCUUCCUGGAGCAAGUUAAAGAACUGCAAUCAGAAAAAGACGCACUUGCAGAGAAAGAGGCUAGUCAAAAUGUCAAGAUUCAACAAUUACAGAAUGAAAAGUAUGGCUCCAUGAUGAAUGAGACUAUCCUGAAAGAGAAACUCAUGCAGUUGGAAAAGGAGAAUAAUGCAUUGAUUGAGAAAGUGGUACGUUUUGAAGAGAAAAUAAAAAGUAUGAAGGAAGAAACUGCAGCUUUAAGUUUACAAGAGGGUAAUUUACAAGAAAAGAUCAGACAGAUGGAAAGAGAAAGAGAUUCCUGGAUCCAGAAUGAGAACACAGCAAAAGAAUCAAUUGCCAACCUGAUUGACGAGAAGGCACAACUAAAAGCUCAGGUGAUAGAAUUGGAGCAAACAAGGAGGAUUGUCACCGAAGAAAAACAACAGUUGCAAGAAGUUAUUUCCAAGCUAAGGUCACAGAUUACAAAUCUUGAUAGCUCUGCUUGUAUUUCGAAUUCCUCUAUGAACUACAAAGUGGGUUCGGAAGAGGAGAUGAAGUAUACAAUAGAAGCUGCACUAACACUAAUUGAGAAAUUGGUUGCGGAAAAGUCAGAGCUUGUUGAAAAGGUGAAUGAGUUGCAUGCCAAGCACGACCAAGGAGAGGUGAGAAGAAUGGAGCAUUUUUCAUCUGUUGGCUCCCUUCAUGGAGCUAUUCCUGGUGAUGGCUCCACUUUCACUCCAGCAUUGGUUGUCGGAGAUUGUGAUGGGAACAGAACCGCCCCGGUUACCAGUUCAGAGUCCAAAGCUAGCGAGGUGGUGCAAAUCUUGGGCAGCAACCAAUCCCUGGAAGAUGGCAUAGUUGAGGAUAAGAGGAAUGGAGAACAUAUGAAUUUAAGUGAUGGUUAUGGUGUUGGAGUAACAACCUCAGAAAUGGAGGGGGAUGAAAUUGUUCAAAUUCCAUUACAUGAAAAUGAAGAUGUAGAGGAAACUAAUAUGUUGCUGGGAGAAAACGAUGAGAGUGCUGAUGUCCCACUUAUGGAUGCCCCGUUGAUUGGUGCACCAUUCCGACUAAUAACCUUUGUUGCUAGAUAUGUUAGCGGAGCAGAUUUAGUGAACAAGGAUGCUGGAAGAUUAGGCUAGCGGAUGCUGCUUCUGUAGGAAAGAGAACUAGAAAUUUUUGCAGGGGUGUGUUCACAGGCUCUGCGCAUUGUAUUAUUAUUUUUUUCUUUUAAUUAUUUUCCAGGCAAGGGGCAUAUAUAUCCACACAAAAUGAACGCAGUCAGCACAAUUGCAGUUGCUUGACUUAGUGUUUUGCAGAUGCUAUAAAAGAAAGGGACGACGAGCCGGGUUCUUUUAGGUUGGUUUUGAGUGUUUAUCAUUUAGGCAGCAAUGUCAUUUUCUCGAAGUUGAUACAGUGAUUAGAUUGGGGCGUGCAGUGGAAAGAAAGAAGUGAACCUGGAUGUCCAAUUGUUAGAAGAUAUUCAUUUUAUUUCUUUCCUUUUUCGAUUUAUGGUAUGAUCUUCUUUUAUUUUAUAUGUUCAUGGUGGAUAUUACGUCCUUUUUAUGUGUUGAUAGCGAUCUCAGAGAUGUAAACAUUAAGUAAUAAAUAGAGUAUCAAAUUAUUUA